GGUGUCAAAAAAGUAAAUAGCAACCAACUAAAAAUCGAGCACUGAAAAAAAUCGCGAAGUGAUGGUGUAGGAUUUUAGACAGUGGAAUACUGAUUUUAAUAAUUUUAGGUCGAAGGUGAUAGUAGUGAAUGAGAAAUGAGUGGCUCUGAAUCUGAUGAUGAAAACAUAACUCGUUAUGGCACACCCCUUGAUCCUUUUGAAGAAGAUGAAGUACCCUCAAAGAGAAAGUUCCAGCAGCAACCAGAUCAAUAUGCAGUGGAUGCAAACGGACGGCGCCGGUUUCAUGGAGCCUUCACUGGAGGAUUUUCAGCUGGGUUUGGAAAUACAGUUGGCACACCAGAAGGAUGGGCCCCUAGUAGCUUCAAAAGCUCUCGAUUGGAGAAGGCACAGGCUUCUAACCAAAAACCAGAAGACUUCAUGGAUGACGAAGAUCGCUCCGAGUUUGGUAUCGCGCCGCGGCACAUGCAGACUAACCAGGAGUUUUCUGGGCAGAAGAGGUCAAGGCCACUACGUUUCCACGAUGGGCCUAUUCCAGGUGAACCAGUCCUUGAACAAUUAGUAAGAGCGGUGCACGAAACCGCCGCGGUUAAGAUGUUACGUAAAAUGGGCUGGAAGGAAGGUCAGGGUGUUGGAGACAGGGUCACUCGCACUGAGAAAAAGAAGAAUAAAGACCAGCACAAAGUGUACGGGUGUUUUAUGCCGCCUGAGAUGAAGCAGGAAUCCACACCGCCCUCUGAAAACUCCGAUUCGGAAGACUCUGAAUUCGAGUACGAAACGCUAUUCGCUCCAGACGAUUAUGAACCUUAUAUACUACAGAAGAAGAGCGAUCGGUUCGGUUUGGGUUAUAAGGCACUGAGUCGACAUUCUGUAUUGGGCAAUUUAGAUGGCGGCGAGAGAAGUCAUUUGGUUAUGAAAGAUAAAGGGAAAAAAGUAUCAAUCCGUGGUCAGGCGUUCGGCGUUGGUGCUUUUGAAGUGGACGACGAUGAUAUAUACGCUUCUCAGGACAUGACACAUUACGAUUUCGCUUUAGGGAACCCAAUUGAGAAGGAUAAACCGAAAAAAAAGACGGAGAAAAGUGUUAAUGUGAUAGAAGGCUUCGUCAAAGCAACGAAGCCGAUGCCCACCGUGACGUCAUACCCAGCCCCCGCACUGCCCCGGGACUUCACCCCUAUCCCCGCUGGGACCAGGCGCUCAAGAUUCGAACCCACCACCGCACCGCAAAGAGAUCAGGGUCUUGGUCGACACGAGCUCACAGCCGAAGCCCGAGGUGCAUUAUUAGGAGAAGUCCCGCUACCCAAAACACCAGUCGUGCAGACAGACGCACCGACAAACGUACCAACGCAACAACAAGCAGAAAUGUCGAGACUUCUGCAAAAGAAUAUCGCCUUCGUAUCUCCCAAUACAGAGACCUAUGAUACCAAAUCAGCAGAGGACUUCAUAUCGAUAAAGGAUUCCGGUAAAGAAUUGGUGGCUACGGUGUUCAAACCCUUCGCUAGUGAUCCGCUCAAGCAAACGAGAUACGAGACGUACUUGCGGGACAAGGAAAGCGUUAUGUUAGACAGAGACAGAGACGCCGAUAGACUGAGCGAGUGGGAGAAGAAUCGGGAGAUGGUGGAGUUUGAGCAGGCGGCGAUUUUGUACAGGCCUCUAAGCGGAGCUAUGGGGGACAGGUUUACGCACGCAUCAGAACCGGACGAGGCGUUAAACCCGCUGUGUGCAGUCGCCAAAAGUUCCAUCAACUACGGUCUAGCCACACCGGAGCAGAUAGAGGCGGCUAAAAUAGGCGCUUAUGGUUCUAUUACGCGUAAGGAAACAACAUGGCGACCGGAAGCGAUCGUUUGCAAACGUUUCAAUGUACCGGAACUUGGUGGAACGAGAGUUGAACCAAAAAAAGAUGGUAAACCGAACGUCUCAUACUCCAUAUUCUCUUACUUAGAAUCUUCUGUACAUGACAAAGAAAGUUUUACUAAAGAACAGAGUAAAUUCGGCGGAUCUAAAUCAUUAAAUUUUGAAAAUAAAAAAGAAACAAAUGUAAAAAACAAUAAGGAAAAACACAAUGAAGUUUUAAAUAUAGCAAAAGAUGAAGUUACUACUAUUCAUAUAAGCAAACCAGCAACUAGCCAAAUGUAUAAUGUUGCUAAUACAAGUGAAGUACCUCAUAAAAGAAUGACUGUUGUAGACUUAUUUCUGAAGGAAUCUGAAAAAGACAUACAAUAUAAGCAACAAGGUGUUGAAGUAGCUGAAACCAUAGAGAAGUUCGAUAAAAUCGACCUCUAUAAAGCCAUUUUUCUCAGCGAUAGUGAAAAUGAGGAUUUAAAUGAUGAGAAUAAUACUUCAAUUAAUAUUGAUAACGAUUUUACCGUCAAACCGAGGAAUGUUGAACGUAAUACCUCACCACCUAGAGGUAUAUUUGCUAAUAUUGAUUUUGAUGAAAUCAAUGCUUGGAGACGACCAGAUAAAGACAGCGAUAUUACGAAAACUGUUGAGAAUAACAAUAAAACUAAAAUUGAUGAGACAAAAGAGAAUAAUUUAGAUCAUAAACUUAAUGAUACCAAAAAAGAAAAGACAGGAGAAAUGGCGACAAACGAACCACAAGAAGAAAUUUAUGGCCCAAAAAUACCUGAGAAUCUUCAAAAACGAUUAGAAUCUGAAGCGAUACCUGAGAAAGAUGAUUUUAGACCGAUUUUUACAAAGAGAGGCAAACUGGAAGAAGAUUCGUCGUCAAGUUCAGACUCUUGGGUCGAAGUCAAAGCCAAAUCGAAGAAAGAAAAGAAAAAGAAAAGCAAGAAGCACAAAUCGAAACACAAGAAAGCCAAAUCGAAACAUAAGAAAAAAACACAUUAGGAAUUGAGUAAACUAUAUUUGAUUAGGUUAAAUUAUUUAUUAGGUUAAUUUUGUAAUUAAUGUAUUGUAGAGAAAAUAAUAAAUACUGUGCCACAUUUAAUAUACUU